CUCGGUAUUUAUGAAAAAAUUGUUGGGGACGAUUUAUAAGUUUUCUGAUCUUUUACUAUUUAAUUUAUAUCUAUUUAUAAAUUUUAAGCAUGGACAAUAAUAUAAAUGACAUUACGGAUGAACUAUUAUGUUUGCCAGGAUACGUUCGGAGGAAUUUAUUACUGAUACGUGAUUUAGAUUUAAAAUCCACCUCAUUAUUCAACGAGGCUAACAAAUUAUCACAGAAUUUAUUUAAUGUAGAAAAUAAUAAAAAGGUGGACGCUAAGACGAAGAAGGUGGUUGAGAACCAUAAAUCAUCUGCGAUUGCCAACAAAGCACUAUUUGAUGAUAUACAGAAUUUGAGAAUUAAGGGGAUUUACUAUUUACAAGAGAAAAUAGACUUAAACACACAGAUUACGACAAUGUUAAAGUAUGAAUAUGAGAAUUUGAAGUCUAAGUUUGACCAGUUAUACUCAGAUAUGGAACUAAAAGGACAAUUACCACAUGAUUUAAAGCUUUUCACUAAUAAUAAGGGUAGAACAUUUUUGUACAAUAAUCAUUUAAUGACUAAUGGAAAAGAAAACGCCACCGAUAAUAACGCCGUUGAUGCCUUAGGAAUUGAAAACUCAUUUGAGGGGGAAAGCUUCGAUCAUGACCACACCCUUGGUGUGUUUGAUGAGGUUAUUAGUAUGGCAGAAAGUUAUAUGGAGAAGGAGUCGGAUAACGGCAACCCUGAUGAUGAAGAACCACUCGAAAAUGGUACUCUAGAAAGUGUAAGAGAAAAGGUACUCAGCCAACUUGAUAUAACGAAAAUGUUCAACAAUGUCGUUAAUCAGCAGGCAAAUAAAAAAUAAUUUUUUAAAAUUUUA